UAAAGGGCUGGGUUUACUUUUUAACCAAAAUCAAUCUAUUUUAAAGCAAAUGUAAAUGGUCUCUCUUUUUAAAUUUGGGUUUCAGUGGCCAACCCCCAGUUUUCCAGAACUUUUAUAAUCUGCAAUAGUUACAAUUGUCAUCAUUACUUCCUAAUUUCCCGUGGGCAUGUCAUUGUUUUCUAACAACUUCUAUACACCGCGGAUAAGGUUUUGCGUUUCUUAGGAACUGAUUGCAUUCUUUUAAACAGUUAAUUUUCUUUGGAUGUUUAGAACAGAAGAAAAGUUCUUCCCAAUCCCUACAUUUCCAAAGGGUGACCUUGAAGAAAAUUAAGAGAAAUGACUUCCUGUAUCUGAAACUUAGUUCCUUUGCCCGGCGCUAACCAUGUCUUGACCAAAGCAAGAAAGUUCUGACAAUUCUUUAGUUAGCGAUCCAACCCAUCCCUCUGUCUUAGCACUAGUCAACGCUUUCUCCUUUCCAUUCCAGUCUCGAAGGCAGACCGGGAGGGCUCGGCCCGGGCUUCCGCGGCGGAGGAAAUGGCUUCCAGCCCGCUGCCGGGGCCCAACGACAUCCUGCUGUCGUCGCCAUCGAGCGCCUUCCAGCCCGAAGCACUGAGCCAGCCGCGGCCGGGCCACGCCAACCUCAAACCCAACCAGGUGGGCCAGGUGAUCCUCUACGGCAUUCCCAUCGUGUCGCUGGUGAUCGACGGGCAGGAGCGCCUGUGCCUGGCGCAGAUCUCCAACACUCUCCUGAAGAACUUCAGCUACAACGAGAUCCACAACCGUCGUGUGGCGCUGGGCAUCACGUGCGUGCAGUGCACGCCGGUGCAGCUGGAGAUCCUGCGGCGCGCCGGGGCCAUGCCCAUCUCAUCGCGCCGCUGCGGCAUGAUCACCAAGCGUGAGGCCGAGCGCUUGUGCAAGUCGUUCCUGGGCGAAAACAGGCCGCCCAAGCUGCCCGACAACUUCGCCUUCGACGUGUCUCACGAGUGCGCCUGGGGCUGCCGCGGUAGCUUCAUCCCCGCGCGCUACAACAGCUCCCGCGCCAAGUGCAUCAAAUGCAGCUACUGCAACAUGUACUUCUCACCUAACAAGUUCAUCUUCCACUCCCACCGUACGCCCGACGCCAAAUACACGCAACCGGACGCAGCCAACUUCAACUCGUGGCGCCGUCAUCUCAAGCUCACCGACAAGAGCCCCCAGGACGAGCUAGUCUUCGCCUGGGAGGACGUCAAGGCCAUGUUCAACGGCGGUAGCCGAAAGCGCGCGCUGCCUCAGCCCGGCACGCACCCCGCCUGCCACCCGCUCAGCUCGGUCAAGGCGGCCGCCGUGGCAGCGGCGGCUGCGGUGGCUGGAGGCGGGGGUCUACUGGGUCCGCACCUGCUGGGGGCGCCCCCGCCGCCGCCGCCGCCGCCGCCUCUGGCCGAGCUGGCGGGCGCACCCCAUGCCCACCACAAGCGGCCGCGCUUCGACGACGACGACGACUCGCUGCAGGAGGCGGCCGUGGUGGCCGCCGCCAGUCUUUCGGCCGCCGCCGCCAGCCUCUCGGUGGCCGCGGCCUCCGGCGGCGCCGGGGCGGGAGGAGGCGGCGCCGGGGGUGGCUGCGUGACCAGCGUUGGCGCCGGCGCGGGCGCGGGCGCGGCGGCUGGCGCCAAAGGCCCGCGCAGCUACCCGGUCAUCCCGGUGCCCAGCAAGGGCUCGUUCGGGGGCGUGCUGCAGAAGUUCCCGGGCUGCGGGGGGCUCUUCCCGCAUCCUUACACCUUCCCGGCCGCAGCCGCCGCCUUCGGCUUGUGCCAUAAGAAGGAGGACGCGGGCGCUGCGGCCGAGGCCCUGGGGGGCGCGGCCAGUGCCGGCGCGGCGCCCAAAGCUGGCCUGUCCGGCCUCUUCUGGCCCGCGGGCCGUAAGGACGCCUUCUACCCGCCCUUCUGCAUGUUCUGGCCUCCGCGGACCCCAGGCGGGCUUCCCGUGCCCACCUACCUGCAGCCCCCGCCCCAGCCGCCCUCGGCGCUCGGCUGCGCCCUUGGAGAAAGCCCGGCCUUGCUGCGCCAGGCCUUCCUGGACCUGGCCGAGCCCGGCGGCGCCGGCGGGAGCGCCGAUGCCGCGCCCCCGCCGGGUCAGCCCCCUCCGGUCGUGGCCAAUGGCCCGGGCUCCGGCCCUCCGCCUCCUGCUGGGGGCCCGGGUGCUCGAGACACUCUCUUCGAGUCGCCCCCGGGCGGCAGCGGCGGGGACUGCAGCGCGGGCUCCACGCCGCCGGCCGACCCCGGAGCAGUGUCCGGUGCAGGCGCCGCGGCCACCGGCGCGGGCCCUGCGGGAGCCCGAGGGCCCGCACCCCACCACCCGCAUCUCCUGGAGGGGCGCAAGGCAGGCGGAGGCAGCUACCACCAUUCGAGCGCCUUCCGGCCGGUGGGCGGCAAGGACGACGCAGAGAGCCUGGCCAAGCUGCACGGGGCGUCAGCAGGAGCGCCGCACUCGGCCCCAGCGCAUCACCACCAUCACCAUCACCACCCGCACCACCACCAUCACCAUCACCCCCCGCAGCCGCCGUCACCGUUGCUGCUACUGCCCCCGCAGCCCGACGAGCCGGGUUCUGAGCGCCACCACCCGGCCCCGCCGCCGCCGCCGCCCCCGCCGCCCCCGCUGGCCCUGCAGCCGCACCACCGAGGCCUUCUGUCCCCCGGGGGCACCAGCUGCAGCUACCCCAGCGAGGGCAGCUCGGAGGACGAGGACGACGAGGAAGAAGAGCCGGAGGUGGACGUGGAGGGUCACAAACCCCCCGACGGCGAAGAAGAGGAGGAGGAGGGUCGAGACCCUGACGACGACGAGGAGGAAGACGAGGAGGCGGGGGUCCUGCUAGGGGACCCCUUAGUCGGGGGCGGCCGGUACCUCCAGGGCCGAGGGCUGUCAGAGAAGGGGAGCAGCCGGGACCGCGCAGCGGCCGCGGCGGGCGCUUUUCCACUCGCCCUGAACUCCUCCAGGCUGCUGCAGGAGGACGGGAAACUAGGCGACCCCAGCGGCUCAGACCUGCCCCCGCCCCCGCCCCCGCCUCUGGCCUCGCAGAAAGCUGGCGGCGGCGGCGGUAACAGCAGCAGCCCGGGCAGCCCGGUCCACCAUCCAUCACUGGAGGAGCAGCCCUCCUACAAAGAUAAUCAGAAAACUAAGGAAAAUAACCAAGUUAUUUUACCUACAAAGGAUGACAGCAACUUUUCAGAUAAGAACAAGGACCAUAGCUUUUUCAUCACAGACUCUGAUGCUUCCGGAGGAGAUUUUUGGAGAGAAAGAUCAGGUGAACACACACAAGAAACAAAUUCACCUCAUUCACUCAAAAAGGAUGUUGAAAAUAUGGGGAAAGAAGAACUUCAGAAGGUUUUAUUUGAACAAAUAGAUUUACGGAGACGACUAGAACAAGAAUUCCAAGUGUUAAAAGGAAAUACGUCUUUCCCAGUAUUCAAUAAUUUUCAGGAUCAGAUGAAAAGGGAACUAGCCUACCGAGAAGAAAUGGUGCAGCAAUUACAAAUCAUCCCCUAUGCAGCAAGCUUGAUCAGGAAAGAAAAGCUUGGUGCACAUCUCAGCAAAAGCUAA